AUGAUCUCCCCGACCAGGACGGAUUCUCCCCGCUCAAGGUCAAAUUGGUUGCGCGUCCUGUCCCGCUUCAUACUUUGCUCCACCCUCAUCCUGGCCCUCAGCGUGGCUCUGAAGACCCGCUCCCGUCUGUCCCUCUUCCUUCCCUCCUUCUCACACCACCCCGCAGUCAUGUCUUACCAGCAAGAACGUUACAUUGCCGAACUCGCCGUUCAGCGAGCCUGUCUUCUUACCCAAAAGGUCUUUUUCGAGAAGGCCAAGGGUACUGUCUCCAAGGAUGACAAGUCCCCCGUCACCAUUGGCGACUUCGGCGCCCAGGCCUUGAUCAUCCAGGCCAUUCGCAAGAAUUUCCCCAACGACGAGAUCGUCGGCGAAGAGGAGUCCAGCUCCCUGCGACAGGACAAGGACCUCAGCGCCGAAAUCUGGCGUCUCGCUAAGGAUAUCAAGCUGGACGAUGCGGAGAGCGACAAUCUGCUGGGUGGACCCAUUCCCAGUGAAGAGAGCAUGCUGGACCUCAUUGAUCAGGGCAACAGUGCCGGUGGCCCCAAGGGCCGUAUCUGGGCUCUUGACCCCAUUGACGGCACUAAGGGCUUCCUCCGUGGCGGCCAGUACGCCGUCUGCCUGGGCCUGAUUGUUGACGGUGACGUCAAGGUCGGUGCCAUUGGUACCCCUAACCUCCCCGUAGACGACAAUGCCACCCUCGACGCCAGCACUGGUGCCCAGCAAGAGGGUUCCUCUGCCAACGGUGUCCUGUUUUCAGCCGUCCAAGGCGAGGGCGCUACCAGCCGUCCUCUGUCCACCGGUACUCUAGCCCCGAGCAAGCCCAUCUCCAUGCGCCCUGUUGCCAACAUCGCCGAUGCUGUCUUCUGUGAGGGUGUUGAGGCCGCUCACUCCGCUCAGGGUGACAAUGCCGCUGUUGCCAGCCUCCUCGGUAUCACUGCUCCUAGCGUGCGACUGGACUCGCAGGCCAAGUACUGCUCGAUCGCUCGUGGCGCCGGAGACAUCUACCUCCGUCUUCCUGUCAAGAAGGACUACCAGGAGAAAAUCUGGGACCACGCUGCCGGUGACAUCCUUGUCCGUGAGGCUGGUGGCCAGGUGACCGAUAUCUACGGCAACCGUUUGGAUUUCAGCAAGGGCCGGACCUUGGCUGCCAACACCGGUGUCGUUGCCUCCCCCAAGGCCCUCCAGGACCAGGUGAUCGGUGCGGUCAAGACUGUGCUGAAGCUCUAA